GUUCAUCUUUUCCAACCUACACCGCAAACAUGUCUUACAGCGAUCUCAAAGGCAAAACCUACAUCAUCACCGGCGCCGCUUCCGGCCAGGGUCGAACCACGGCGCUCAUGCUAGCCAAGCAAGGCGCAAACCUCGGACUUCUAGAUCUCCAAAAGCCUGAAGAUGUCCUCGCCGAAGUGGAGAGAAUCGGAGCAAAGGCCCUGGCCUUCGCAGCCAAUGUCACAGACUACCCCGCCGUCGAGGCUGCAGUGAAAGCAACGUCGGAUAAGUUUGGAGGCAUUGACGGCGCGGCGAAUAUGGCCGGAGUCAUUGGGACGCAGGGCUUCAACGGCAAAGGCUACGCUCUCGAUACCAUUGAGGACAAAGACUGGGACUGGAUGAUGAGCGUAAACCUGACUGGCGUUAAGAACAGCAUCAAGGCCGAAUUAAGACACAUCAAAGACGACGGCUCCAUUGUCAACGCGGCUAGCAUUGCAGGCCAACGAGGCACUCCGUGGAAUGCUCCGUAUGGGACGGCGAAGUGGGGAGUCAUCUCGCUGAGCAAGUGUGCGGCGCAAGAGUACGGGAAUCGAGGUGUCCGAGUUAAUGCAGUCGCGCCUGGGGUUAUUGAUACCCCUCUUGCGAAAGCCCUAGGCAGCACACAGCAGAUUAAUGACCGCUUGCUAUCCCGGACAGCGUUGAAGCGCAUAGCGCAGCCUGAAGAAGUCUCUAAAGUGAUUCUUUUCUUGCUAAGCGACGCCGCAGGAUACAUCACUGGCAGCACAAUCAACGUAGACGGAGGCUUCCAGUAG